UUGUUUCCAAGGACCCCCUUCAUCAGUCUUAAUGGGUAAAUCUCCUGGUUAAAUAAUAAUAAUAAUAAUACCCACAGCACCAACGGGCAUUGAAAACAUACAAACAAUCAAAAACAUAUCCAAGCAUAUGUGUAAUCAUGCAAGGGCUAAAGACAGGAAAAUCCCUCUGUCGUUUUUUAUUUUGCCUCCUCCAACAUGACAUUGCAAGGCAGCUACCUGUAGGGGUCUCUCCAAAGAGGCUCACAGCCUCCCGCUGUACCAGUCUGUCUAAUGCAAGCUGAUACCUCAUUCACUCACACAGCUAUUUAAGAGACAGAGAAUGUGUGAUGCUGUCAAUACAGAUUCAGAGAGAGAGAGAGAGAGAGAGAGAGAGAGAGCAGGCAGCAGCAGGCAGUGAGACUUGACUUCUACUCCAGGCAAUUUUAACAAGGUGGAAGCAGAGCACACUGGCUGUUAUUCUGUCCUCGGCUUUCCUGUGCUCAAGUUAGGGGGUUUGUGUGUGGAAGGGAAUGAGGUGCGAUAUACAAGCACUGUUGCUUCCUCCGUGGUGGAUUGAGAUGUAGUAGCUUGCAAGUAGAAAGUCAUGUUUUAGCUUUUGUGUUCUCAUUUAAUUUGUUUUCUUUUGGGGGGUCAGGGAGGGGAUGUUUCAAGUUUUUAUUUCUUGAAUUAAUUUUGUUGGUUUUGUUUAUCCGUGGUCAAGAGUUUCAGGGACAAUGAAGACCACUCGGAAAUGUAGAGCGCUCUUGGCUGUCAGUUUGAAUCUGGUAGCUCUUUUUUUUUCCAUCACUGCUUUCAUCACCACUUACUGGUGCGAGGGGACGCAGAGGGUCCCCAAGCCAAACUGCAGCAAUGACAGGAAGCACAACUGCAUUAACUACAGUGGGAAUGACACCAGCCAGAACAAAGUGCACUACAGCUGGGAGACAGGAGAUGACAGGUUUCUGUUCAGGCAUUUCCACACAGGCAUCUGGUACUCCUGUGAGGAAAACAUCAACGGUGGAGGUGAGAAAUGCAGAAGCUUUAUUGAUCUAGCCCCAGCGUCUGAGAGGGGUGUCCUUUGGCUGUCAGUGGUGUCUGAAGUGCUGUACAUCAUGCUGCUGGUCGUCGGAUUCAGUCUAAUGUGCCUGGAGCUCUUUCACUCCAGCAAUGUGAUAGAUGGGCUGAAGUUGAAUGCCUUUGCAGCCGUGUUCACAGUGCUUUCAGGACUCCUAGGAAUGGUGGCCCACAUGAUGUACAGUCAGGUAUUCCAGGUGACAGUCAGCCUUGGGCCAGAGGACUGGAGACCCCACACUUGGGACUAUGGCUGGUCGUUCUGCUUGGCCUGGGGUUCGUUCACCUGCUGCAUGGCAGCCUCUGUCACCACCCUGAACUCGUACACAAAGACAGUCAUAGAGUUCCGACACAAGCGCAAGAUGUUCGAACAGGGCCUCCGCGAGGAACAGACGUUCAUUGACCAGGAGGCCUUCAACUACUUCCGGGACCGCUCUGUGCAGUCUGUCUCGAGCUCUGUCGAAGUCUUUCCAGGGCCAGCAGGCAGCAGUGGGGGCAAAGCGCUGGUCCCCAGAGGUUCAAUGGACAUGGGAGAGAUCCGUGAGUCGCUGGGAGAGGAGCAGUGCUGAGACAGAUGCAUCUCCUUGGAAAUGUGAGCAAGGAAUGGAGCUACGCUGCCUUUUGACCCGUCGAUCAACCACCUUCUCCUGAAGCUAAUUCAAACGCACGAUGUGACGUUCCUUGUAAAACGCUGUUAUUAAGUGGUAAUGAAAAACGGAAAACACAGUAGCUUGCAGGAAGGCUCUGAAAAGGCCAGGCUCAGCACUGUAUACAGUAGAUAUAGCAGCAAGAGUCACAUGCACUGCGAACCAUUGGAGCUUUCGCAUCCGGUCUUGUUUCCUGGGUAGCUCCAUUUGGACUUGUCUGUGCUUUUGUUAUUUCGAACUAAAUUGAGGCAAGAAGUGGUUGACUAUAGCACAGCCUUUUUAUUUUGUGGCCGUUUCAGUUACAGUUUACAGAUAUUGUUUUUUGACUACCACAAAACAAACAUUCCAGUUCAGACCGAGGGACUGUCGCAUACUGGUCACCAUGAGUAAGUGUAUAAUUACCAUGUACUGUGAAGCAGCUGAAAUAAUUAAUAUACGUGCAGUUCUGACUAUUAGAAAUUAGACAACAUGUUUGCUUUAAUCAAAACACAUGAAUAUUGCCUUAUACAAAUGUUCUAAUAAAAUCAAACCUGUAGUUUCAAUAUUUAGCGCUUCUUUACAGUGAUUUGCAGUUGUCACAAAAUAUAACAGACCACAAAUGCAUUUUAAAUAGUUUUUCUUAAUGUAUAUCGGGUGAGCUUCUGUAUUUAUGGUAUUACAUUGUCAAUAUAGAGAACAUUUAAGUAUGCAGACAGAAUCUGCAAUGUUUUGCUGGACUUGCUCUUUGAUGUUCAUAAGGUGUCAACGUGUGUCCGGCAAGCACAAAGCUCUUCUCUAUUCAUCCAUUCCUGGAACUAUAUUGAAAAUAAAAAAAAAGAUGUGUGAAAUGACUUUACGUCAUUUAAUUCAAAGCCUAGCUGAUGAAAAGAAUAGAAGGUUGGAGAAGGUUACAACAAUUGAGUAAACUAGAUGAUUUUGUCUUUUGUACAAAGUAGGAAAAGACACAGAGCAUUUUUUUUUUUUUUUACUGGUUUGCCGCUAUAGCUCUAAAUACACAGGCGGAAACGAUUCUUGUUAUUAUAUCUUACUUCAUCGUGUUUUGAUCUUUCAUUCCCUGCAUUAUCAGUGAAUACCUCUAGGAGGUACUUUACAUUCCAUGUGCAACAGAGACACCUGAUGGAACAAGCAAGGGUUUUCACCUCCCUGUCAUACCAUGCUCCUUGCUGCUUAGUAAAAACAUUUGACAAUU